UGCAUUUUAUUUGAUUAUCGGGCGUCUAUCGAAAUUUACUGGUGAAAGCUGGGGAAAGUGUAUUUUGAACUGGAUGUCUUCAUUGUUUAUAAUACUGUUAGCGAAUAAUGUUUUCGGCAACGUGCGUCGCGCCUGUUAAUAUGGCCCUGGUAAAAUACUGGGGCAAACGAAACGAGGAACUCAUACUUCCGAUUAACGACUCCAUCAGCAUGACACUGGACGCCAAUGAAAUGUCCGCAAAGACAACAGUGUGUGCUUCGGAGAGCUUCAAGGAGAAUCGCAUGUGGCUCAACGGCGAUGUGGUGCCGUUUGAGGAGAAUGCACGUCUGAUGCGUUGCCUGGAAGGUGUUCAACGGUUGGCACUUGCAAACGGCGCCCAGAGAUUCCCACUUUCCUGGAAAUUGCACAUUGCAUCGUACAACAACUUUCCCACAGCGGCUGGACUGGCUUCCAGUGCCGCUGGAUACGCCUGUCUAGUCUAUACAUUGGCGCGUCUCUAUGAGAUACCCAUGAAUGAAGAGCUGACAACAAUUGCAAGACAAGGCAGCGGAUCCGCAUGCCGUAGUUUAUACGGCGGAUUUGUACAAUGGCACCGUGGUACAACUGAGGACGGCAGGGACUCAAUCGCUGAGCAGCUGGUGCCUGCUGAGCAUUGGCCCGAAAUGCAUAUGCUCAUUCUAGUCGUAAACGAUGCACGCAAGAAGACUGCAUCCACCAAGGGGAUGCAACUUGCCGUGAACACCUCAACGUUAAUUCAGCAUCGUGCCAAAGAGAUUGUUCCGCAACGCAUCAAGGAGCUAAAGUCGGCUAUUCAAUCACGGGACUUUAAGACAUUCGCUGAGAUUACCAUGAAGGAGUCAAAUCAACUGCACGCCAUUGCCUUGGACACUUAUCCGCCCUGUGUCUAUAUGAAUGACGUGUCGCAUGCGAUAGUUAAUUUCGUACAUGACUACAACGAAUCCGUGGGAUCCUUACAGGCGGCCUACACAUUUGAUGCGGGACCAAACGCCUGUCUUUAUGUUCUCGCUGAAAAUGUUCCCAAACUUUUGGCCGCCAUUCAAUUGGCGUUCCCUAACGAUUCCCAGCAAAGUGUCGAAUACGUAAAAGGCAUUCCUGUGCCUCCCGUGGAGACUGAGAAAUGCAAUACGAACGGAUCUGUGGGUCAUGUCUAUUCUAAAAAUAUGCUCAAAUAUAUAAUCCAUACGAAAAUCGGAAACGGUCCUCACCAACUUAGCGACGAAAAGAGCCUGUUAAUUGACGGUUUGCCACUGCCAAAAUAAUUAAGUUAUCCAGUAUUUACACGAUCACAAAUUGCAACGGUCUUAGGGAAAUAUUUUUUAUUUAUCGUACAAGAUUCUUUUAUAAUAUUACUCUUAUUAUAAUAAGUAAUUCAGUAGCACGCAAAACUUUGACAUUUUUACCUUUGUUUGCACCCUCAUUGUAUUUAUUUGUUGUUAACUCAUUUGCAAUAAACAUUUUUAUUUUGUUACCUUCUGGUUUUUUGUUAUUCUAAUUGCCUUGAUCUUUAGCCCUUGUACGCAUAAAUUAAAUUUAAAUAGGUACACUUUUGAGGUAUUUCAAAAUGUAUUUACAUAAUUUUUAUUUGUACUUAUGAGUGCACUUGAAAUAUUUUAAUGUGUUGUACUCUCAUGUUAAUCUGCUGGUUUUAUUUUUAACUUUCUCUUUACGCCCUAACAUUUUUGAUUGCGGGCAAAUAGACAUGGCCCUAGUGUGCGUCUCAUUUGGAGAUGGGAGAUAUCGUGCCUUACAACUGCAUACGUGAUUCGUGCUCGACACUAAGAAAUACA